GGGAGAACCGAGGCUAGCACAUGUGAUUUAUUCCACUCAAGUCAAUGCAUAUCCAAACUUGUCCCCUUUUCUGGUACUGAGACAAGCAAGUGUCGCCGACUGUAUUGCACGCCUGGACCGUCAUCAGUUGACGAUAUAUCUUGCGCAUCGGCGGCAGACCAACGCGACGCGUGUGCAUGAUUCAGCACGAACACUGCAUCAGGCCAAUCUUACUGCCAACACCACCAACGCGACGUGGCUGGGAGAAUCAUCGAGACUGCAGUUCCCCUUUCAACGCAUCCAUCGACCACAACCACAUCCUGCCCUUGCAACCUCCUAAUAGUUCAAGAGACCAGUUCAUUUAAAUGGCUUCGCCCGCCGGGCCCUCGAGCUCCAGGAGCCCGGCUGCCAGCAGCGCCCCAGCGGUCACAGCCAAGUCGACGUCAGAUCCCAUUCUCCGCAACGCCCUCCGAUACACCAUAUCCGCACGAGAGUAUGCGCUGCUCCACAAGUACGUCAUCUCGCGGUCGCGAGUGCUCAAGAAACGCGCGCCGACGGUGGACGCGAUGCAGCGGAUCAUGGACGGCGCACCCCAGGCCAGGGGCCGCGCGCAGUCUAUGAGCAAGGGGGACAAACGAAGAACGAAAGGCAAAGUAGCGGAGGAGGAUAAAGUGUCUGGCAUGAGCGGCGCUGAUGACUACAAUGCUCGUGCGGUCCGGCAUUCGAUCCGCGUCUUCAUUGCGACGGGCGCGCUGAUGAAGCUUUGGGACGUGGUAUCGGCGAGACUGAUGGGGAAGAAGGAUGAUCCCGCAUCAAAGACAAAAAAGAAGCAGCCUCUGCAUAAAUCGCCCACACUCCGACUCUCCCUGUCUCUUAGCACAAUCCUGCUGCUGUACCGGAUUCUCUUCCGCUUCUUCACGCGCCUGCGCGCCCACCUUCUCGAUCCGUCGGCAGCACCUUUUCGGAUGCGCAACCCGAGAACGGCCAGCACGCUAACGUCGCCAUAUGCCCCUGCCGUGGGCGCCUCGUUGGCCGGCCUGGCAUUGGGCGUGUAUCCCAGCCGCCAGCUGCGCGUGUCCAUCGCGAUAUACAUGCUGUUCCGCGCGCUCGAAUUCGGAUGGAACUGUGCCGAGGAAAACGGCAUGGUGUGGGGGUGGGAGAAGGGCGCCAACGGCAAGCCCGACAGAAAGCGGUCCCGCCCGUCGUGGUGGGGCAGCUGGAUGAUGCAGCCGUUUGCCUUUGGACAGCUGUUCCAUGCGCUGGUGUUUGAUCGGGAGUGUUUUCCAUCGAUGUAUGGCAACCUCAUCUUCAAGAACUCCAGCACAUACCUGCAGCCUAGGCCGGAGUUCUUCCCCUCAUACCUCCGAUGGCCCCAGGCCAGCGAGAUUGUCGACAGCCUCGCGCAAAUGGCGCGUCUCAACUGGCCACCGUUCAUCUCCCCAAUCCUAUUCCCCAACAAAGAGGACAUACUCCCCGCGUCGCUAUCCACCAUCUCCCCACUAACUUCCCCGGCGCACCCGCUCAUCACCUCCCUGUCGUGCGCCGCCCUGCACCCGGACGACCCUUCCUGCUCCCGCACCUUCCUCACCUUCUGGCUCCGCUCGUUCCCGCAGUUCACGCGCUUCCUCCUGGUCGUCUACUCGGCAACCCUCCUCCUGCCCCGCCUCAGCCAGCUCUACCAUUUCCCGCUGUCAACCCUCCACCGGCUCGUUGCAACCGCCUUGCGCAUGUCGGCGUUUCUCACGGGCUCGCUCGCCACGGCCUGGUCGUCGAUCUGCUUCUUUCAGACCUGGUUCCCGCGCGCUUUCUUGCCCCAGGGCAGGUUCUGGCUUGGCGGGUUCCUGGCCGGCUGGUGGGCCGUGCUCAUGCAGGGGCGGCCGGGGAGCAGGAGCGUGUUUUUGGCUAGCGCAAAGGUCAGCGUGGAGAGUUUGUGGAAGGUGGGCGUCAAGAGACGCUGGUGGAGGGCUAUGCGCGGCGGGGAUGUCUGGGUGUUUGUGGCGGCGCUGAUGGUUACGGGCAUGGUGUACGAGCGUGAUGCGAAAGCGGUUCGCGAGCAAGGGUGGCGGAAGGGGAUUAGUUGGGUCAGGGGUGAGGGGUGGCGCGAUUGGGGCGCGGAUUGUGAUGAGCUGGAGGAGGACGAUGGGGAGGAGGGGGAGGGGAGGGUCAAGGAGGAGUGA